AUGGAUGGAGCCUGGGUCUACCUGGUGACAGGAGGAUGUGGGUUUGUGGGGGAGAGGAUCGUGGAGCUCCUGUCUCAACAAGACUACAUCAAAGAAGUCAGAGUUUUUGAUUCAGUAGCAAGAGAAGAAGUAGAAAAACUCAGCACAGGCCCCACUCGCGUGACGGUGACGAGGGGAGACAUCCGCGACCCCGGCGCGCUGCUGGCUGCCAUGAGCGGGGUGCACGUGGUCCUGCACACGGCUGCCCUGGUGGACUACAGGGACACCGUGCCCUUCGGGGACAUGAGCGCUGUCAACGUCGGGGGAACUGAAAACGUGGUAAGGGCCUGCUGUGACCUGAGCAUCCCAUACCUGCUCUACACCAGCUCCAUCGCUGCCGUGGGACCCAACACCUCCUGUGAGCCCCUGCUCAGAGGAAACGAGGACACUCAGUACAGUGGGGAAGUGGAGCUGCCCUACGGGAAGACAAAAGCCAUGGCAGAAAAAAUUGUGCUUGAAGCCAACGGAAAAAAGCUGAGCAAUGGUGGCACACUCAGAACCUGCAUCCUCCGUGCCAACACGGUGUAUGGGGAGAAGGCAGGGUUCCUGCAGGAUCUGUACUCGCUUGCCAGAGCCAGGAGUGGUGUUCUGAACUACCUGGAGCCUGAGGACACCGAGCGCAAUCACACCUACGUGGGGAACGUGGCAUGGAUGCACGUCCUUGCAGCAAGGCACCUGCAGCAGAAGGCAGACCUGCUGGCAGGACAGGUGUAUUACUGCUACGAUGACACCCCAAGCAGGAAGGGUUUCCUGGUCAGGCACCAGCUGCUGUCCAGUGCAGACCCCUCGGUGAGGCUGGGCUCUCACAUCCCCUACUGGAAGAUGUGGUUGAUGAUACAAGUGCACAGGAUCCUCAGGGCCAUCCUGUCCCCUUUCCGGAGGCCACAGCCUUUCCUCAGCGUGCCCCUGCUGAACACCAUAGUCACCACCUUCUCCUUUGAGACAGACAAGGCCUCCAGGCAUUUUGGGUACAAACCCCUGUUCACGUGGCAGGAGAGCAGGCUCAGGACUGCACAGUGGCUGAAAGCAGCAGCAGGGAGCCUGGGACCCCCCCAGCUGCAUGAAAAGAAGAACUGA